UAUAGAUAUGUUGGCUCAUGUUUGCUCCUUGGAUGCCUGAGCUGUGUAUAAGGAAGGAUUUCCCACUGGGGGGAGAAAGGAUAGCAAGGCAUGAAGGCAGUGCAGCUCUGCGCUCUGUAAUUCAAGCCUUUCCUUCUACUGGGAUACUGCAAUUCACCUCUGCAUUGCCCUGCUGCAAAAUCAACUACUCUGCAGCGAGAGAUCCCAAACUUCUUACUUCUCCCCAUCCUGAUCCUGGAGCAACUACGGCUUUAUACAGCCAGCCAAGAGACCAAUGAACAUGAAGCUGGGCCUGCAGUUAUUACUCUUUGACCUCUUGGUUCAUACAGCAUGUGGUUUUAUCUUCGGCACAGAAAGAAAUUUAGAAGAUCAUAAAACCUUGAAAGUGAAGAUAAGAAAUUCCACCACUUCUGCUGUGUUGGCUGGUACUCUCAACUUACCGUGCCACAUCACCUAUAAGACUCCACUAGAAUCAACCAAUGUUGGUCGCCAGGCUGUCUUGGCCUCCCCUCGAGUGAAAUGGAGCUUCAUCUCUAAUGGAAAGGAAGUAGAGAUCUUGGUGGCUCGGGGACACAAAGUAAAAAUCAGUGAGGGGUACAGAUUUCGUGCCAGUCUGUCGCACUAUUCCAAGUCAGCAGAUGACCUUACUCUGGUCUUGAAUGAGCUGAGGACCAAUGACUCUGGAAUUUAUCGAUGCCAUGUGCAGUACGGCAUUGAAGAUGACCACGACAAGGUAGAGGUGAAAGUUAAAGGGGUCGUGUUCCUGUAUCGGGAGGGUGUCAACCGCUAUGCAUACAAUUUCUUUAAGGCACAGGAAGCCUGUGCCAAGAUUAAGGCCCACAUAGCCACGGCAGAUCAGCUCCUGGCCGCCUAUUACAGCGGAUACGAGCAGUGUGAUGCUGGCUGGAUCGCUGACCAAACUGUCAGGUACCCAAUUCAAAAACCAAGAGAGGGCUGCUUUGGUGACAUGGAUGGUUACCCUGGAGUGAGGAAUUAUGGCAUCCUGGACCCAGAUGACCUGUAUGAUGUUUACUGUUAUGUGGAAGAACUCAAUGGAGAGGUGUUUUUAGGUUCUACACUCAACAAAUUUACCCUAGAGGAGGCCAAAGAUUACUGCAGGACGCUGGGUGCACAAAUAGCAACAACAGGACAGCUGUACUCCGCGUGGAGUGAGGGAGUGGACUUCUGCAGCCCCGGGUGGCUUUCUGAUGGCAGUGUGCGUUACCCCAUUGUGACACCACGAGAAAGAUGUGGGGGGAACUUACCUGGGGUAAAAACAAUCUUUCAGUUCCGCAAUCAAACUGGUUUUCCAGACUCCAGUUCCAAAUAUGACGUAUACUGCUUCAAAGGUCGCCAUGCUCCGGUUGAAGGUGUAAGAGAUGUGAUUACUUUUACUGACAGCUUUGAGGAGCUGAAGAUCUUGUCCGUCAAGGCUGAAAAUGAAGCUCAGGGCUCUGUGGAUUCUCUGCCAUAUAAAAAGUUUCCACUGGAUGGAGAAACGGAUGUGUUAACUGUAUCAAUUUCGAUAGAACAAGAGCUAUCUCUUCACCCAACAGUGCCAACUGUAGAAAGUACUAUUGGCCACAGGAAUCUAUCACUUGUCUUUGCUACCACUCCAUCCUACGAAGAACAUUCUGUAGCUUCCCAAAGUUCUAUAGAAGAAUCGGUGAUAGUCAAAAAUACCACUGAGCUACUUCUAGAAAUUUCUCUAGAACAUGAACUUGGGUCUUUCCCAGUUCCAGAAAACAAAUCUGUUUCUUCACUAAAUGAAAUGACUGGAAGGACUUUGGAGGAAAAUGUUGAAUUUCCAACACCAUUACCAUCAGGUGACUCCACCUUAGAUUUAGGUUUUGUGAAUUUAGAAGUAGAAAAUGAUUAUCCUGAUGACAACAUAUCUGCCCUGAUAGAGGAAAUGGGCUUUGCUGAGUCUCAGUCAGCAAGUCCUUUCCCAGGUGGCCAGGUUUCCGAAGAAGUGAACUCUACACAGUCCUCAGAGAAAAUCAACGUAGAUGACCACAAAAUAUUUAGCACGGGGAAUGAACACAUAAUUUCAACAUUCAAUGAAAGUGAACUUACAAGUACUUCUGUAAAUACCACGAUUGUCCCUACAAUUGGCACUGUUUUAGAAGGUCAUGUAGAUGAUAGGGAAACAGAUGAGCAGGUACAUUCCAGUGGGCAAAUUUAUAAUAUCAAUUUAUACACGUUUCCUUACAAUAGUUCAGAAAUUAUUUCAACAAAUAACACUACUCCUGGAGCUAAUGAUGUUGAAGGAUCUGGGCAAGAAGACCAGAGUAUCUUGGAAAAAGAAUUGAAGAGUCCCAAGCCAACAGAAGGUCCAGCUGAUGACUCAGUUUCUGGUGAUGUAUCAGGAUUGACAAGUGCCAAUUUCCACACCUUGGGUGGUUCUUCCAAUCCCUUUACAGAGGAACAAAUGUCAGAAGUGCAUUUAAUGUCUACAACAACGGUGCUUUUAUCAGCUAUUCUCAAAAGCCAUAAUAGUAUAAAAUCCACUUUGGAAGAAGGGAGUGGGGACAUUUCUGAAUCCAUUUUGGUUAGGUCAACUGGAGAAACAUUUAGUGAAAUUAAUACUAUCCAAGACACCCAUGCAACCACACGGCAACCUCCAAUAGAUCCAACAAGCUCUGCAGAGAUGACACAACCUUCAAAUAUAUUUGUGCGUUCUACUGCAUUUAAUAACUUAAAUCAAUAUGUUAAUCGAGAAACGGCAACUGUACAAGUCUCCCAUCUCUUGAGUCCAGAUUUGUCUUCUGCUGUACAAACAGUUGAAGACUCGGGAGUAGAACAACCGUACACAAAUGGAAAAUAUGUCUUUACAACAGCAGUGAUGGGCAUAUUAGAGGAUGUUGGAGAUCCAAAAAUACCUGAAGCUAUUUCUAGGUCUUCAUUCCACAGCCCACCAUUCAGUUACACACCCUCUCCACUGCCCGUCAGCAAUCCAGAUGCUUCUACAAGUCAUCACCUUGAGAACUCUUCCCAACCAAAUGAAUCAUUGAAUACAACUAAUCCUCUACCCGCUGUGCCAACAGAAAGAGCCAUUUAUGGAGCUUCAGUUAAUCUGUCAGAUGUCUGCUUUCCAAAUCCAUGUGAAAAUGGAGGGACCUGCAUUGACGGAGAAGAUGAUGACUUCACCUGCCUGUGUUUGCCAGGUUAUAAUGGAAAAAUCUGUGACAUAAAUAAAGAGAAAUGUUUAGACGACUGGGACACAUUCCAGGGAUUUUGCUAUAAACACUUCCAUGCCAGAAGAAGCUGGGAAGAGGCUGAGACUCACUGCAGGGACUAUGGGGGUCACCUGGUCAGCCUCAUGACCCCAGAGGAACAAGACUUUAUUAACAACCAGUACAGAGAAUACCAAUGGAUGGGUCUGAACGACCGGACAAUCGAAGGUGAUUUUCAGUGGUCCGACGGAAACCCUUUGCUCUAUGAAAACUGGAACCACCAACAGCCUGACAGCUACUUCCUCUCCGGUGAGAACUGCGUGGUCAUGGUGUGGCAUGACAGUGGGCACUGGAGCGACGUACCCUGCAACUACCACCUCCCAUACACCUGCAAAAUGGGGCUCGUAUCAUGUGGUCCCCCUCCAGAAGUGGGCAAUGCCUCAACCUAUGGAAGGCCAAAAACGCGGUACCAGAUCGGCUCCAUCGUGGGAUACGGUUGUGAAGAUGGUUUUCUACAGCGUGAUUCGCCCAUCAUUAAAUGCAAACCGGAUGGCUCGUGGGAAACACCACAAAUAAACUGUAUUCCUGCACUUCAAUGAAGUGAACAUUUGAGAUCCCGUCUCCUUCAAAACCCUUCACGCAGAGACUAAAUGCAAGAGCUUUGGGAUUUAUUCCUUGAACCCUUUGGCUACAGAUGAACCAGAGAAGAACGAAAAAAGGGUGACCAACAUGACCACUAGAAGAUGCCAUUUCAUUACGGAUGGGUCCACCCCUCGUACAGGCUGAUGUAUUGCACUACAACCUGAGCACCAAAGCACUCUUAAAAAAAAAAACUAUUAAAACAUCCCAGUAAAGUGUGAGAGGAGUUUAGGGUCCCUUUGAGUCAACAUCAAACAUUUUUAGAGGAAGUAUUAACGUAGGACUGAAGAUAUUCAUUUGUAGAAAGCCAUUGAUGAGCCCAUAAAAAUGCCAACUCCAAUUAUAGACCACCUAUGUUCAAAUAGAGACUCUAAGGCUUAACGUUUUUGUAGGCCCUUGGUAACUUGACCGUUCUUGAUCCAAUAUGGCCUCUGCUAAUUCCCCUGAUUUAAUCUUCUCUAAAGCUUAUCACUAGAUGUAUUCUAUUAAUAGGUCUGUCCACUCAAUCGAUGUAUUCUGAAGGUGAAUUAGAUUUUUGGUUUUCAUUCCUUCAGCAACACUUUUUUAUAUUCAUACUAAUGUAACCUUUUAAGCAAGAGAUCUGUAUAGUAAUUAUGUUUAUGCUGGUACCAUGUUCGUCAAGAGUCUCCUUUUGGUUCUUCAGGUUAUGUACAAAGGGUAAGGUUUAAAAGGCCCUAAAGCAAACUUAAUGUUAAACAGCGCCACCUGCCAGUUUUCAUUGGGUACUUCAUCUGUAUUUUAUAUAUUGUUUCUACUGUAAUAUGUUGUUUAACAGGCACAUAAUAAUAUUAAUUGGUAAUGUUAAUAAAGGAUC